GUGUGGUGAUUGGCAGCGGUGGGAUUCAACGCGCGACUCGAGGUGGGUGUCACAGCUCGUGAAAUAUACAAGUUAAGAUCUUCGGGGGCAGAAAUGUGUAAAUAAAACAGCCCACCGACAGCCCUAUAGCCAGAGCCAGCUCGCGACAAGACGAGGCGUUCCCCUCAAGACGGUCUCGAUCAAUCAGACGGACAGUGGAGUUCUUUUGAUUAAAGCCCAAAUUGUCAUUGGACAGCGCUAAUCAUGUGACGGCCAAUCGGCUCCUGUCUCCGGCUGGGCUGCGUGAAAGCUGCGAGUUUGAUGGCAGACCGACCCGUCCCCAUACGGCCAGGAUCACUAAAAUUAGUUUUAGGAAGAAGAAAAAAACACAGGCCAGGAUAUUUCAUGAUUUUUUUUCUGGGCCGCAGAUUUACGAAGCUGAAUUUCUGGGACGUGUCGUUUGCGCGUGGAGAUGAAUUGCGAGUUCGGUGAGCGCGAGACGGGUUUCAUCAACAGUCAGCCGUCGCUCGCCGAGUGCCUGACGUCUUUCGGCCCGCGCGCGGCUGCUCGCGCUGCUUCGGCUGUCGGUGAUGCGUUUCAAAGUUCAUCAAUCAAGAACUCGACGCUCUCGCUCGCUCACGCGACACUGAUUCCUCCACCGUUCGAGCAGACCAUCCCGAGCCUCAACCCAGGGGCGAGCAGUCACCCACGACACAGCCGACCCAAACACAGCCUCGGCCUUCCCGGUACCGGUACCAACGGAGCCUGUCCGCUGCCCACGGCCGCCUCGUUGCCUCCAGAGUACCCGUGGAUGAAGGAGAAGAAAGCCGCCAAGAGGAACCAGCUCGCGCCCCCUCAUCACGCGCAGCCGACACACGACACCACCGGGCCCCUCUACUUUUCUCCUCAAGGAUCUCCGGAGCUCUCGGAUGGUGGCGGUAGCGGCGGUAACGGCAGCAGCUCGCGCCGGCUCCGGACGGCCUACACCAACACGCAGCUGCUCGAGCUGGAGAAAGAGUUCCACUUCAACAAGUACCUCUGUCGUCCGCGCCGCGUGGAGAUAGCGGCCCUCCUCGAGCUCACGGAGCGGCAGGUGAAAGUCUGGUUCCAGAACCGGCGCAUGAAGCACAAGCGGCAAACACACUGCAAAGAGAACCAGCACCAGCACGCGGACACCGGAAGCAGAGGCGCAGGCGGAAACAACCACAAGGGGCUCGAGGAAGAGGAAGACGAUGAAGAUGAGGACGAGCACGAGAUGAUCAUGGCGGGAGAGGUCACCGCGCGCUUCUACGACCCUCCGCCAGUAAACAGCAACAACAGCAGCAACAGCAGCGUGACGUCAGGAGCUCUAUUGGAGCGCGAGUCCUACCGCUUCUCUCAAAGGAAUAAUAAUAAUAGCAGUAAUGGCGGCAUAGCUCCGCAACUUUCCCACAGCAGUAAUAAUAGCAAUAGCGGCAUACCUUCGCAGCUGCACCAGAACACCGCCACCGCCACCGCCACCGCCACCACCAUACCUCCCCAACAACUCGCCCAAAGCUUCUCGCAAAGGAAUAAUGGCAAUGGCGGCAUAGUUUCUCAACUUUCCAACAGCAAUAGUAAUAAUAAUGGCAUUAGUGGAAUACCUUCCCAGCUGCCCCAAAACAACAACAACAAUAAUAAUCCUAAUGGCGGCAUUCCUCCCCAACUCUCCCAGAGCGCCCACAAUGGGGAGAGCAGCAGCGGCAGUCCCCGCGCCACUGUCCCCGGACUCGCCAGCCACGACAAAAAUGCCAAACAUUUCUCCGUCAACCCCCACGCGGCCGCCUCCUCCCCUCCUCCCCUUCACGCGCCCACGGUCGGGACAAUAGCUACUGCAGCUGGCCACCGGGACAAUGCCGUCAGUACCGUAGCCUCUUCCUCCUCGUGCACCGCCUCCCCUUCCUCCUCCUCCGGUUCCCCGGGAAUGGAACUCUCUCUACCGGACUUCCACGUGUUCUCCUCGUCGGUGUCGGGGCCGGUCUCGUGCCUGCACCUGCCGUUAUCGGGCUCGGUGUCACCGGGGCUCUCCGACUCCAUGGGGAUGGACAGCCCCGUGCACGAGCUCCCGAGCCCGCCGGGCUUCGACUUUUUCUCGGAAACUCUGACCACCAUCGAUCUGCACCACCUCAGCUACUGACAC